CUCAACUUGCUCAAAAUUAUAUCACUCUUCUUGUACAUAAUUCAAGAAUCUAGAGCGAGAAAAAAACAAGUAAUUCAAGAAUGGGAUUUGUGAAAGAAGAGAGAUCAAUUACAAGAAUAUUAAGGAUAAUUAAGACAGUUUUUUUCUUAAUUACUAUGUUAAUUUCAUUUUUAUUAUUUUCUGCUCCAAUUCUUCUUGUUUUAGCUGAUACUCUUCUUCCAUUUUCUCUUCUUUCUGCUUCUCUUUCACCUUCUGCUUCCUUUUUGUCCUUUCAAACCCUUUCUUCCCAUUUUUAUAACUAUGAUUUUAGGUAUUCUCUCAUUGAUAUUCCCCUCAUCUCCGUCGUCCGAUCAGCCGUCAUCAUCUGUGUGUAUUGUUUGUGUGAUGGACCAAGAUUAUCAAGAGGGCCGUAUUUGGCGAUUACAGCAAUAUGUUCAAUUUCGUCGCUAAUUUUUGUGUCGUUAAAAGCACCAUAUGUGUUUAGUGUUGCAAGAAAUAGUGACGAUGAUGAUGCUAUGGAGAUUGCUUUAUUUGUUUGUUCAAUGGUGUUAGCAAUUGGACAUAUUGUUGUUGCUUAUAGAACAAGUUGUCGUGAAAGAAGAAAGCUUUUGGUUUUCAAAAUUGACAUUGAAGCUGUUUCUGCUUGCAAGAAUGGAUUUCCAGGAUACAAAAAAAUUCCAAAAGAAGAAAGGAUUAAAUAAUAACAAUGAAGAACCAAUUAACAACAUCAUCAUUACAAAUAUUUAUUUUUUCUAUUUGCUAGUCAGAAUUCUUCAUCACCCAGUUGCAGGUUAAUCCUAAAGGCAAAUCUGCAAAUUAGAGGUUAUUGAAGGAGCAAAACUAACUACAGGCUAGGGACUAACAAGCAAUUAGUAUGAAUAUGUAUCAAUUUAGAGAUUGUGGCAAUACAUAUAUACAUAAUUGAUUUUCUUUUUUCUUUCUAUUUUAUUUAUUGGGUGUUAACUCAUCAUGUACAGUCUUUGUAUUUACCUUGAACAAAUUUAUUAGAUACAUAAAUCAGAUUUUAAUGUA